GGCCACCGACCAGUCAGUGCGCGCCGUCCGGCAGGAGCUCAGCCGCCGCGCCCGCUCCGCCGACCCACAAUGACCGUGCCCGUGACCCGACUGCUGGCCGCCGCGCUGCUGCUGAUCACCCUGCACCUGCACUCCGCCCAGGGUCAGGCAGCGGUCUGCUCGUCCAUUCAGUUCGCCUGCGCCAACAAGCGCUGUAUUCCCAGCUCAUGGGUGUGUGACGGCGAGAACGACUGUCUGGACGGCUCUGACGAGGAUAAGGCCCACUGUGGAGCCAAACCGGUCGAGUGUGACGACACCCAGUUCAAGUGCGGCAACGGUCGCUGCAUCAUCAAACGCUGGCAGUGUGACGGUGAUGAUGACUGCGAGGACGGUAGUGACGAGGACCCCCAGCUCUGUGCGGCGCGCGCCUGUGCCGACGACCAGUUUGCAUGCCGCGGGUCGGCGGGCGAGUGCGUGCCCGUCGUGUGGCUGUGUGACGGCGCAGAGGACUGCAGUGACGGCAGCGACGAGGCCAACUGUAGUAAGCAGCUCUCCUUCCCGGUCACAGCGCCCGCCGGACGGGCCGUCACCUCUCUGUAUAUCUGUCUGUGGUGCAGUCACCUCUCUGCUUUGUGUAUCGCUCUGUCUUCUGCCCCGCUCGGCCCACCUCCUCGCCUGUAGAGCACGGCCACUCGGUCUCUCACACACUAACGCACGU